UUCCCCUAUGUUGUCCUUGGAUGGUCCUUGGUGUCAGUGUUUGUUGGCUUCUCAUAAUAUGACCGUAGAGAACGAAAUUCAACUUUCUUUAUGCUCUGACGUGGUGUUACCCGUGUAAACGCACCAUAUGUGAACGCACCGCACGUUGCUUCGCGCGAGGUCACCUCGAAAUACGUGCUACCGCUAGGUUUUGUGACUUCGCCUUCUGCCGUCGCUUUGCGAAGCGGGAUUUCAAAACGUCGCACCAUGUCAUCUCGAGUCGCAGUGGUUACAGGUGGUAACAAGGGCAUUGGGUUCAGCAUAGUGAAGUUCCUGUGUCAACGGUUUGAUGGAGAUGUUUUUCUGACUGCCAGAGACGAGACACGUGGGAAGGCGGCGGUGGCAGAGCUCAACAAGCAGCUGCUGCACCCAAAGUUCCACCAGCUUGAUAUUGAUGACCUUGACAGUAUUAAAAGACUUCGCGACUUCCUCAAGAGCACUUACGGUGGCCUGGAUGUACUUGUGAACAAUGCUGGCAUUGCCUUCAAGGUCAGCUCUACAGCCCCAUUUGCAGAGCAAGCAGAAGUCACUGUGAAGACAAACUUUUUCGGCACACUCAAUGUCUGCAGGGAGCUGUUCCCUUUGUUACGCCCACAUGCCAGGGUGGUGAACUUGAGCAGCGUAUGUGGCAUGCUUAAGAGGAUUCCUGGAGAAGAGGUGAGGAGGAGACUCAACAACCCUGACAUUACUCUGGAGGAACUGUGCGGCCUCAUGAAGGAGUUUGUGCAGGCUGCGAAAGAUGGCAAGAAUGAUGAGAAGGGUUGGGGGCACUCUGCCUACAAUGCAUCCAAGGUUGGCAUCACUGUGCUGAGCUUCAUCCAGCAGCGUGAAUUCAAUGCAGACCCUCGUGAAGAUCUUGUCGUAAAUGCUGUACACCCAGGCUAUGUUGACACAGACAUGACAAGCCACAAGGGGCCUUUGACGCCUGACCAAGGUGCUGAUGCUCCAACAUAUUUGGCUCUUCUACCCCCGAAUAUCAAAUCGCCCAAAGGAGAGUUUGUUUGGAAUGACCGCACGGUGACCCCAUGGGACGAGUAACAGCAGAAGCCAUCAAUGUUGGGACCAGUGGCAUUGCACUUUCACAUUAAGGAACUCGCUAGCCUGUUUUGUAUUUGCAGGCCUGACACUGAGCCUCUGAACAAAAAUAAAAAGGAAAAUCUACCUGCUCCAACUAUCACAAUAUAAAUACAGGAGUUGGAGCAUGUUAUGAUGCUACAAGUUGUCCAUAUUAUGAAAAUAAAGAUUAUUUCGCUCUCUAAA